UGCAGAUCACAAAUUUAAUUUGGAAAAAUAGAGAAUUUAUAGCAAACGGGAUUUUUGACACUGUCAACAAAGCGCACUUUGACAUUAUGGCGAAAAUCAUUCGCGCUUUUGGCAACGGCUUUCACAACCAAUGGCAGCAACUCUUCGACCAUCGGCAUCCGCUUCAGCGCCGCGCAAAAAUGACCGUAACGUUCCGAAAAAGUGUCGUAAAUAUAACGCGGAGAGCGUCUUACUGUCUGUUUCCCAGGUGUUUCUGGUGUUGCAAGUACUCGCCCUUUUUGUUCCUCAUCGGUACACCGGCCGCGACCGAGUGUUUUAAAAGUUUCCUAGAGGGCGAACUCUUUCUUGUAUGUGCAGUGUGUUUGCCGAGUCCAAGCAAGCUCGGCGACCCUACGAAGCAAAUUUUUCCACAACGGAGCCUUCUGAGGAAUGAAGAAUUCGUUGCUCUCUUCGAAGGGUUCGAAUUUGAAGACCCCUACUUCCACCCGUAUGCUGCUUUAGAUGUGCUCAUCCUCACCGAGGAAACCAGGAUCAACGCAAGCCACCGCCCGUUCAUCCGUAAGCCUCUUCCCAAGCAGGCGAAACUACAAAAGUUACUCAAUGCGGUUCCGCCGGUCCACCGUAUGACGUUCUGCGAGUACCCUAACCCGGUGCAGUUGUCAACAUAUCUUGCACGGAAGUAUGACGAAAUUGCCGAGUGGUACAGUCGUCAAGACAAUUUGUCUUUUCUGCACGAUAAUUUCGAUGUAAUGACCGAACGUACCCCAAUGCACGAAAGGCGUUCAGCAGGAUCGCAGUCACGUGCCACAAAUGCCAGACAGUUGAGCGGUUUAGCCGCCGAGGAAGAACCUCGAUUCGCAGAAGAUUCUCUUGUGGCACGUCAAUCUGACCGCAGUGCUUCAGAAUCAAACUCAGAUGCAAUAAGUUCUCAAUCGAUCGAGUUGGCGAGUCAAGAGAUUCAGAAUCCAAGUAAGGAAUCGAUAAACAUAAGCUCUCAAUCCCUCGAUGUGAGAAGGGAGUUGCUGCCCAUACCCGACUUUUCCGAGAGCCUGGAGCUUGCGAACCAAGAUUCGCCAGAACCUGGUCCCAGUGGAUUGCAACAACAGCACCAGCAGCAACGUGGAAACGACAUUGAACCGAUAGCUUUCGAUAGCAGCAGUAGUUCAGACCUAUCUACGAUUACUACUCUGGGAGUAGGCACUAGAAGAAGCGCAUCUCGGAAUCGAUCACCGCAACCGCAGCAGCAGUCUACAGGCGCCAAACGCCGCCGUGUUCUACCUAUGAACCCGUCACCAAACGAUGUUACGGAGUUGACAAGAGGAAAUCACAGAAUGCCUCGGUUGCCAGGAGGAUAACUUACUGUCGGGUCGGCUGAUUCAAUUUUACUUUUAGCUAUAGAUAGCAAAAAUAAUAAUUUAAAAGAACUGUUCAUAAUUGGUGAGAAUUGAAUUUUGAGCAAGACUUCGAGGAAAUCGUUCAAAGCCACGAGAAUACCAACCAAUACUGAUACACCACACCACGGGAAAAAUAACCGGUUAGACCAGCUGAAAUUAACGACACGAGUGAAACGAUUCCUUUGUAAAAUUUUAAUAAAGCACGCAAAAUU